GCCCCAUUCACCAGGCAGGCCACGGAGGUUGGAGCUGAUCCCUGAGGAGGUCCAGGCCAACUUACUCUUUCUCUCAGUCCUGGAGGGGGUAGACGCAUGUGCAUCCCAGGACUUCUCUGACCUGCCCUGCUCUCAGCAAAGACAAUGGGAUUGUAGGCAGAGGAGGCAGGAGGUUCCCAGCCUGCUGCUACACUGUCUGGGAUGAUGGAUGACCAAGGGCUCCCCAGUCAUCCUGAGUCCAUGGGUUAUCACCUGCCCCACUUGGGGGAGGAUCUUCAGCCAGUCUCUGGAGACCCCCCAAGGGGAGUCUAUGAGCCGACAGAGGUUCCUGGACCUUGCACAGACCAAACCUGGGUUUUUGAUCCAGCAAACCAAGAUGUUCCCAGAAUCCUGGGUGCUAACAACAGCUCACAGGUGUUACCUCUUGCAGAAUGCUACCUUAGAUCAAAUAGGGAUGCCUCACCCAGUUCUCCAAGAGAACGCUGUCACUCGGGGAGAGACACCCGGAACAACUCCCCCCAGGUCAUGUUCUGGGCUGGCAUCCUCCAGGCCCAGAUGUGCGUCCUUGACCUGGAAGAAGAGCUGGAAAAGACAGAUGCGCUCCGAGAAGAGCUAAGGCGCUGCAUACCUUCCCCCAUGGAGCUCCCAAGCUUCUCCCCACGUGGGCAAGAUUCCCAAGACCAGGGCAUUGGCCCCAGGUUGUCGCACAUGGCGGCGGACUCUGAGGAAGACAGCAGUGGGCCGGAGGAGGAGCCCCGAGAGUUUCCCCAGGACCAGCCCCUCGGCUCUCCUGUGGAGUGGGGGGAAGAGGAGGAGAGUUUGUUCUUUGACAAUCCUCUCUUCCUGGAGAGCCCUACCUCAGUCACUAGUGCUCAUGAAGAGCCUUGUUGGAGCUUCCUAGUAUCCGAGGGAGAGGAAAGGACUGAGCAAGGGAGGCUUGAACGAGAGACUCAGUGGACCCACACAUCCCUGCUUGAGGGAGGAGGGGGCUCUUGGAACCUAGAGAAUAAGCCCAAGUCAGUGGCUGGGGUAGCUGAUCCUGAAAGGGAGACUGACCUGUUGUACCCAGUGCCCACCUACAAACUGCAUUAUCAGUCCUGGGCGAAACAGGAUUGUCCCAGUGUGCCUGCCUCCGUCUCCGGUCCCGUGAUGGCGGAGGAGACCUUGUCGGUCCAGGACAGCCACACACACCAAUGGACCACAGAGUUUCCCUCCAAUGUGGACCAGCAACUGCUCAGCCCCGAGGAGAGAGGUCCAGGUGAGAGCAAUGCUGAGCCGACUUACCUUCUGGCUCCAGGCCCCUGGGCACCACCUGCCUCAUUUCAGGAGGCUGGCAGCCUGAGAGUUGGGGUCGGAGGCCUCAGUCCUCGCUCCAGCCCCAGCCGCAGCCGCAGCCCCAGCCCCAGCCCCAGCCCCAGCCCCAGCCCUAGUCCUAGUCCGACCCCCAGCCCUGCGCAGCCCCUGGAGGGGAGUUUUCACCGUGACACUGCCUUCCCUGAGUGUAGAAUGCUGGCUGCUGCUUCCUACCCUUCGUCCUUGGAGAAGGAGGAAGCAGAUCCUGGUUUCCUGAAGACAAGUGAGCCCCUGCCCCCAGAGAAGACAGUGGAGAGUCAAGGGGAAAUCAAGGCAGAAGUGGCUGGGGAGGCCCAGCAGGAUGUCAGCCCAGCACCCCUCAAUGCCAGAGAACAUCUUAGAAGCACCGAGUCCCAAACAGAGCCCCAGGGAGAAGGACAGAAGCCAGAGGCUAAAGACAAGGUUGCCAAUGGGGUCAGCCCCGACCAAGUGGCUUGGAAACUGGCUUCGCGCCUCUACCAUCUGGAUGGCUUCCGGAAAUCUGAGGUGGCUGUGCACCUUCAGAAGAACAAUGACUUCAGCAGGGAUGUGGCUGAGAAGUACCUGUCCUUCUUCCAGUUUAAAGACAAGAGCUUGGACCAAGCCCUUCGGGGCUUCCUCCAGGCUCUGGUGUUGAGUGGGGAGACUCAGGAGCGAGAGAGAAUCCUCUAUCAAUUCUCCAAGCGUUUCCACCAUUGCAACCCUGGGGCCUUCCCAUCAGCAGAUGCUGUCCACACCUUGACUUGUGCACUAAUGCUCCUUAACACAGAUUUGCAUGGACAGAACAUUGGCAGGAGCAUGAGCUGCCAGGAGUUCAUAACCAACCUGAAUGGCUUGAGGGAUGGUGGGAACUUCCCCAAAGAGCAGCUGAAGACACUCUACUGGUCUAUCCGCAGUGAGAAGCUGGAGUGGGCAGUGGAUGAAGAGGAGGAGGUAGCCAUGAAACCCAUGAAGCACAGGCCAUCCAUUUCAGGCAGCCAGAAGAGACGCAACACCUUCAUUCAGAUCACCCAAGAUCCUACCGUACCCACCUACAAGCAAGGGCUCUUGGCUCGAAAGAUGCACGCUGAUGUUGAUGGGAAAAAGACUCCCUGGGGGAAGCGCGGCUGGAAGAUGUUCCACACCCUGCUUCGAGGGAUGGUGCUCUACUUCCUAAAGGGAGAAGAGUCGUGUCCAGAAGACUGGCCUGCAGAAGGGCCCAUGCCAGAGGAAGCUGUGGGGGUACAUCACGCACUGGCUGUCCCGGCUGUCCAUUACACCAAGAAACCUCACGUCUUUCAACUGCGCACAGCUGAUUGGCGCCUCUACCUCUUCCAUGCCCCAACUGCCAAAGAGAUGACUUCUUGGAUUGCCAGGAUAAACUUGGCCGCAGCCACCCACUCUGCACCGCCCUUUCCUGCUGCCGUGGGCUCUCAACGGAAAUUUGUCCGACCCAUCCUUCCCACUGGCCCAGCCCGGAGCUCCCUGGAGGAGCAACACCGAUCCCACGAGAACUGUUUGGAUGCAGCCUCUGAUGACCUAAUAGAUCUGCAGAAAAGCUUGCCUGAGCGGAGAGGCCGGAGCCGAGACUUGGAGGAGUACAGGCUCCGGAAGGAGUAUCUGGAGUAUGAGAAAACCCGUUACGAGACCUACAUCCUGCUGCUGGUGGCCCGCCGGCGCUGCCCCUCCGAUGACUUGGACCUGUGGGAGAGCCGGCUGGCACAGGAGGCCGAGGGCACCUGGGAACCAGAGCCUAACCUCAAGAAGUCCCAUUCUAGUCCCUCCCUGCACCAGGAAGAGGCCCCCACCACAGCCAAGGUGAAGCGGAACAUUUCUGAGAGAAGGACCUACCGUAAGAUCAUACCCAAGAGAAACCGAAACCAGCUGUGAAGCUGGGAGCUGGACAAGGCCCCUGCCAGGGGCAGACCCAGGAAUCGAUGCCUCACAAUGGGGAGAAAUGCCUCCCUCAGUCCAGCCUGCACCUCAGGGCUAAGCAGGUCCUGACCCCGGCUGGACUCCACCCCUUGCAGGUGGCUCAUUCCUUUCAAGGAUUUCAGCCUUGGGAGAUGGAUGGAGGCAGCCCCGGAUUCCUCCCUUCCCCUCUUUUGUAUGUUUUUUUUUCUUCCCCUUCCUUCCAACUCCAUCCUUCACCCAGCUUCAUUGAAGUCACCAAAUUUCCCCAGCCUUCAACCUCCAAAUCACAUCCCCCACCCCCAACCUCCUAGAGGGAGAAGAGGUAAGGAGUAGAGAUAAGCCCCACUUCCCCCACCCUCCAGAGAAGUCAUGCUUGCUUGUUGGGGGGCAGGGGGAGACAGAGGAGAGAUAGAUCUGGGCUUCUCCCCCGACCUGAUACGGGAUAAUAUGUUAUCGCCCCUUAUUUCUAAAACCCACUGGACUAGAUACUCUCUAUAAUCGCUUCUAGUUCUGGGGUGCCAUUGGCCCCCUAGAGUGCUGUCUCUUAUACAUAGCACCAGAACCAUAGAGGUCCAGAGAAAAGGGUGUUGAAGGUUCAGAUCUGGAGAGGCCAGGCUGUCUGCUUAGAAAAGCCCUGGGGAGGGGUUGGGAUGGGGCUCAUCUAUUGACAAGCUCUAGGCAGUCCAGUCCUGGAGGAAGCUAGGAACCCCUGAGCCCUUGUAUGUAUGCGCUGGUUUACAGAGCUCUCUGGGUCAGCCUGAGAAAAGGUGUAGGCCUACUCUUUCCCCCUGCUCUUCCCACCCCACCCAGCUUUAUGAGAGUCUGGCAUCAGCAGGUGUCCCAGGACUGAGCCUGGCAGAGCAACAUUUUCCCCAAAAGUCCCAGCCCCUCCUCCUCCUUAUUGACCCUCCCCCCUCCCCUGGCCCUGCCAACUGGGAGAGGCCCUUGGCUUGAACACUCAUUCAGUGAUCAGCCAAGCAGAGACAAGUGUCUGGGAGUGGGGGCAGGAAGCGGGUGAAGGAACCUUCUGCUCUCAAGAGAGAAACUCCAGGGCUGAGGCUAGAGACCUGGCACUUCGGAACAAGUGGCCUUUGUUUCUUGAGGAACAGGAUAGGGGGUCUCAAUGCUGGACUCUUCCUCUCCCUCCCCCAGCCCCAGUCCCUAAGAGUAGGUGGGGAGGUGUGCACAGGGGUGAUGACUCCUCUAAGAGGCAGCAGAGAGGAGGACCCCCUGUUACAGCAUGCCAGGGCCUGGGUACCCCAGCUCCCCAGGAUUCCAGCCCAGUUUCCCCCAGGCAGCAGAAUCACCCUCUGAGCAGCUGCGCAAUGGGGGUGAUGGCUUAGAUGAAAGAUGGCAGGCUCAGGAAAUUCUUAUGAGCUCACAGCAUACAUAGUAUCUUCCUAUCUUCCCACCCCCUAUCCCCCCAGGCCAUGCUCUUGACUGCCCUUAGCCCAAUUCCCUACCAGGACCACCCUGAGAUAUACAGUCCUUUGGAAACCCAGGGAAAGGCGUCUUCUCCCUCUGUCUCUAGCAGAAGGAGCGGCAGCCCUGGCCUGGCAUGCCCCCUUUCCUUGGUUCUGAGGGAUGGAUUCUGGCUCCUGGUGUCUCCAACAAGGUCCCCAAGGGAAUCCCCCAGAAAUGGUUCUCCAGAGCCCUCGUAGCCCUGGUUUAUUCUGAUCUUUCCCGGAGAGGUGCAAAGACUACGUCAGCACAUGUAGGAGGCCAAGGUCAAGGCAGAGACUCAUUGUCUUUGCUCAGCCAAGUGAACCAGCCAGCAAGGAAGACUCACCCUCUAACUCACAUUCCCUGGCUCUCCCCACAGCCAUACUUGGGCCUCACUGCCUCUCCCAUUUUGUUUCUAUUCUCAACACCCUUGAGAGCACACGCUUCCAAAGGGCAGGGGCUGUGUCUUCAUUGUGUUUUUUGAACUCCUCCUGGCUCCAGGAAGGAGCGAUGUCAUGCACCCAAUGGGUGCUCAGUAAAUAGAAGUUAGUGAGUGAUGAA